AUGUCCUAUCAAGGUAUUCUGUAUGUCACUGUGAUUGAAGCCAGUAAUUUGACUGGUAAAGAUAUGAUUGGAAAGAACGAUCCUUAUGUUGAACUAUGGAUUGAUGAACGCUAUAAACAAAAGACACGAGUGAUCAAGAACAAUGAUAAUCCACUUUGGAAUCAAACAUUCACAUUUCCUCUGGAAGGCAAUGACCAUAAAAUCCAUUUCAAGGUCUUUGACAAGGACAUCAUUGGUAAAGAUACUAUUGGUGAAGCCAAGAUUGAUUUUAGCUCUGCAUAUGGGAUUGAAUAAGCAUGGCAAAUUACAUGUAUAUAUCGAAUUUAAAUAAAGAUUUAUUGUAACUGGAUAGGC